AUGCCCGAUCACGUUAUUAAACCUAAAUCUAAAAGGCCCGUUUCUUCGGUUAAAAAACAGGUAUCUGCACCGAUCCGACCCACAAUGAAAAUACUCACAAAGAAAAAAAACACAUAUACCGAGGAAAAAAGUUAUAUUUGUAGCGUGUCUUCAAAUUCACUAGGGAGUCAUAAGUAUGAUAAGAUUCCAGGAUCAAAUCGUCCACUGACGUCAUCGAUUCCGAGGUCAUCUCAAAGUGAACUUAAGAAAUAUUUCAUCGACAGGUCUGACAAGUUGACGAAAAAAAGCUACCAAACAUUAUAUAAAGAACUCGAAGAGCAACACAAGGAUGUAACAAUUGAAUUGGAACAAACUAAAUUUAUGGCAGAAUCUCUUCAAGCGCAGUUGUAUAAAGUUAAACAUGAUAAAGAAAUUCAGACGUGUGGAAUUAGUUUAGAUCAAUUAGAAAAUAAUUUGGAACAUUUAAAAACUAAUUUAAAACAACAAGCAAUUAAUUUAGAACAACAAGCAAUUAAUUUAGAACAACAAGAAAUUAGUUUGAAAAAUAUGACCAAUGAAAAAACAUUGUUGACUCUGGAACUAGGUGAAAAAAAUGAAAAACUAUUGACUAUGGUUGAUCAAACCUCGACAUUAAAUUCAAAAAUAGAGAUUUUAAACAAUACAGUAGAUGAUUUAAAAAAGACAGACUCUGAAAAAACCACAAGAAUUGAAAAUUUGUUCAAGGAAAGAAAUAAGUUAAAAAAUGAUUUUAUUGAGCUUUUGAGGGAGAAGGAUUUGCUUCAAGAAGAGAUAAUUGUACUUAAGAAUAAAUAUACAGAAACUAAUCAAAAGUUGCAAGAAUUGAGAUCCGAAGUCGGAAAAAAGAGAUACGAAUUUGUGCAACGUUCUAUGGGAUUAAGUGAGCAAUCAGACUUAAAUAUUAAACAGCAAAAACAAAUAAGACUCAUGGAAGAUAUAACUUUGGAACUAGAAUUGAUGGUCAAACGUUUGACACUUGAAAACCAGGACUAUAUUAUCACGAUCGACCGUUUAAAAGAGGAUGGUGUUGAGUUGAAAAAUGAAAUAAAACAGUGGGAAACCAGGGCUGGUUGUUGGAUUAAUGCACAUGUUCGAGAAGAAUUUGAAUCAAAAAUUGAGAAUCUUGAAAACGAAAACCAAAGAUUAAAUGUUAAAAACUUACAACUGACAGACAACUACAACAAAAUAAUUUCUGAAAAAUGCGAACAAAUAUCUGAAAAAGAAAGAAUUGCAGAGAUGAAACAAAAAACAAUUGAACAAAUGACGGAAAUAAUGAAUUUAAUGAGGAAAACCCAUGUUCAUAACAUCGAUGACGAUCAAAUACGAGCACUGAGUUAG